AUGUACGCGUAUCCCGGCCAGAGCUGGAGCUCGACGCCGGCGGUGGACCAAGUGUCCUCGCGUAGCAGUGUAUGGGACAUGAAUGGCGCGCAGCGCCGGCCUGUUGAUGCGUUUGACGACGCGCGGCAGCAGACACAGUACGUUGCCGCUUUGCUCACCAGACAACCGAUCGUGACCGGUACCUCGGUGCUCGGCCUGCAGUACAAGGACGGCGUGAUGCUUGCGACGGACACGCUUGCGUCGUACGGCUCGCUGGCGCGUUUCAUGAACAUUGAGCGCCUCGAAAAGGUCGGCACGAACGUCGUGAUCGGCGCGAGCGGCGACAUGAGCGACUGGCAGAACAUCAAGCAUAUGCUGUCCAAGGUCAUUGCAGAGGAGUCGCAUGCAGGUGACGGGCACUCGCUCACGCCGCCGCAGGUGUACGCCUACCUCGCGCGCACCAUGUACGGCCGCCGCUCCAAGAUGGACCCGCUCUGGAACGCGCUCGUGCUCGGAGGGUACGACGCCGCGACCUCGAAGCCGUUCCUCGGCUACGUCGACCUGCUCGGCACGACCUACCAGAACAGCACGAUCGCCACCGGCUUUGGCCUGCACCUCGCCGCACCGAUGCUCCGCAAGGCGGUCGAGGGGCGGGAAGAUACGCUCACCGAGGACGAGGCGCGCGAGAUUCUCAAGGACUGCAUGCGCGUGCUAUUCUAUCGCGACGCACGCAGCCUGAACAGGUUCCAAAUCGCGACCGCGACCAAAGAUGGCGUCACGAUCGGCGAGCCGAUCAGCGUGCCGACCUCGUGGGACUUUGCCGAGAAGCUGCGCGGAUACGGUCCCCAGACACAGUAG